AUGGUGAAAGAUGUAACCAUCAAUUCGUUAAAGCUUCUUGGUGAAAAGAAAAAUGAAGGAACGCUUGCCUUGACAUCCCGCUCCAGUCCUAACACGUACGUGCUGGUGAAUCAAGAUCAUUGGAACAAGAACUUAUCCCAAUUGGCAUGUCAGUAUCUAGGGUUUGAAGGAGUAUUUGCGACAGUGAGCGGUCCACUGUACGAGUCCCCGUCCGUCGAUGUUCCUGCUGAAGCCGAAUCAGUGGUUUGUCCUGCAAAUGCCACAAACAUCACCGACUGCUGGUACAGUGAGAUUAAAGUGGGACAUAUAAACGCGAGUGAAAUUAUUUCCAUUGUGUGUUGUCCCGUAAACCCGUGUAAUAUAUCUGGUCCACCUCUCGGUCUUGAAAGUGGUGCUCUUCCCGAUUCGGCUUUCUCUGAAUCAUCCUGCCACUUGGCGCAUUGCAGUCGUGGUGGCCGCCUGAACUCUAAGUCAGCCUGGCUCCCAGACUCGACCGACCCAUCCCCUUGGAUGCAGGUUCAAUUUGAGUCUAGUUAUAUCGUAACGGCCAUAACGACUCAGGAUAUUUCCGGGAAAUUACGACCAUGA